AUGAGUGAAGAAGAUAAUGUAAGUACACCCAGCACUGAUUAUGCAUUCUCACUUACAGAAGAUGAAUAUUACACCAAAGUGAAUGUGAAUAUGGGUGGUAUUUGUAAUCAAAUGAUAAUAGACUCGAGAGCGAGUUGUAAUGUUGUAGAUAAACAGAUAUGGGAAGAAUUAAAGGCUAAGAAGAUAGUGUGUGCUUCAACUAAAGUUAAUAAGAACUUGUAUCCAUACGGAAGUACAGACCCAAUUGAAGUGAUAGGCACUUUCACUACAAAUAUGUCAGUUGAGAACAGUGACAUUGUUGAGGCCGAAGUGAUGGUCAUUAAAGGCAAGGGUCCCUCAUUGUUAGGAAGAAAAACCGCUACACUACUAGGAGUUUUGAAGAUAGGCCUUAAUGCAAGUAUCAAUGUAAUACAGGAGAAGGCCAAUAUUAAUCAAGAAGUGUUUCAUAAGUACAAAUCAUGUUUCGAAGGAAUAGGAAAAUUGAAAGAUUUUCUGUUAGAGAUUCCCAUUGAUGAAACAGUGUCUCCAGUAGCCAAGUCACUGAUAAGAAUUCCAUUCAAUUUACGAGAAAAAUUAGAAAAUAAACUUGAUGAAUUAGAAAAAUUGGAUGUGAUUGAAAAGACAGAUGGUCCUACACCAUGGGUGUCACCUGUAGUUGUGGUACCUAAAGGAGACAAUGACAUUCGUCUAUGUAUCGAUAUGAGGAGAGCGAAUGAAGCGAUAAUUUGA